AUAAGUCUAGUCAACCGCCCACCGCAGGAGACUGGGGGGGAUGUUCCACCACCAUCCUGGAUUUACAACCAUUUCAAGGAUAUUUGAGCACAAAGACGACAUUUUGGAAACUGUGAUAUUGGAGUAAGCCGACAUCUUGGAAACCUUCACCGCCAACUGACGUUUGAGGCCACAUGAUUGAGCGGCCGUUUUACCUGUGUGGCUGAAGACUCAAGGAGCAAACAAUGGAUCAAAACUUGUUUGGAGGAGUGCCCAGGUUUCUCACCCGCCCAAAGGCGUUCUCAGUGUGUGCAGGCAAGGAUGCCACACUGAGCUGCACUAUCGUGGGCAGCCCGACACCACUGAUCACCUGGGAAAAGGACAAGCUCAAACUGACAUCUGGGGGCCGCUUCAAGACCGUGGAGGAUGGAGAUGUGUACCGCCUGACCAUCUAUGAUUUAACACUGGAGGACAGUGGCCAAUACAUGUGCCGAGCCAAAAACAACGUCGGGGAAGCUUAUGCUGCCGUCACCCUCAAAGUGGCCCUGCCAACAGAGAUGGCUCAGAGGGCCCCUGUAUUCACGGUUAAGCCUACCUCUACACGUGUAGGUUUGGGAGGAGAUGUUGUUUUCCACUGCCGGGUUGCAGCUCACCCUGACGCCAACUUUGAUUGGGAAAAAGAUGGGCGCUACAUGGGGGAGUCGAACCGUAUCAAGAUAGUUUCUGACAGUGACAGCAGCACCUUAAAGAUCCAAAGUGUGCGUAACCUGGACAGCGGCACCUACACCUGCAGGGCCCAGAACACUGUUGGCCGUUCACAGGCUGCAGCAGCUCUUGUUGUAGAUGCCCUGGAUUCCCACCACCUGUCUGGAGACAAAAACACUUCCCUCCUUUCUCACCUACAAAAGCGCAAGGAGGAAAUGAAGAAGGACAUCUCGAUAUAUCGCACUGAAGAAAGCAGAUCCUCUGUUACCUCCUCCACCACAGCUAAUAUCACAGAUGGUUUGAGUUCUCUGAGUCUGGAAUAUGAGCUGAGGGCAUCUGCUCUCGCAAAGCUGCCCAAAGGUGUGUUCACCCGUACCUGCACAGUGACUGAAGGCAAACAUGCCAAACUCAGCUGCUUUGUAACGGGUCACCCUAAACCGCACAUUAUCUGGAGGAAGGAUGGAACAAACAUCAGCGAAGGUCGCAGGCACGUCAUUUAUGAGGACCAAGCUGAGAACUUCAUCCUCAAGAUCCUGUACUGCAAGCAGACUGAUAAUGGUCUCUACACCUGCAAUGCAACCAAUUUGGCUGGGCAGACCUACAGUGCUGUGUUGGUAACAGUCAAAGAGCCUGCAGUGCCAUUCAGGAGGAAGCUGAAGGAUGUGGAGGUCCAAGAGAAAAUGUCAGCCACAAUGAUGUGUGAGGUGCCCGUUAUUUCCACCCAAGCCAGCUGGUUCAUGGAGGAAACGCGGCUGCAGCAAAGCAGCAAAUAUAACAUGGAGGAGGAAGGGACCCUGCGUCGUCUCACCAUACACAAUGUCACCACCAAUGAUGAUGGCGUUUAUAUUUGUGAGAUGAAAGAGGGCAGUCGCACUGUGGCUGAGCUCACUGUCCUGGGCAACAUUACCAAGAAGCUUCCCCGCAGGACAGUGGUUCCUGUCAGUGACACUGUCAUCUUCUGUGUGGAGCUGGAGCAUCCCAUCCCGGAUGUCUACUGGACCCGCAAUGGCGAGAAGCUGAAGGAGGAUUCCCGUAUUUCCAUUGCCUGCGUGCUCAGGCAGUACACACUCACAAUUAGAGACUGCCAGGCAGAUGACUCAGGAGAGGUGGCCUUUGUAGCUGGAGACUGCAAGACAUCCACUCGAUUCACUGUCACUGCUGCCAGGAAACAUCCACCCGAUCCCCCAGUCGACGCAGUGGUGCAGAACAAGACUGACUCAUCCAUCACCAUCCGGUGGUCUCCUCCUGACAGCGACCGCCCUGUCCCCAUCAAGGGCUACAUUGUGGAGAGGAGGAAGGUUGGCACUCAGACAUGGCAGAGGUGCAACCCUGGGGAAACCAUUGUUUCAACAGAGAUCAUCAUCUGCAACUUCACAGAAGAAGCCACCUACCAGUUCCGUAUCUCUGCUAUGAAUGACUUUGGCCAGAGUCCUUACCUGGAGGUGCCUGGAACCUUCUACCUAGAACCCAGUGCUGAAAUCAGGAGAGGCCUGACAAACUCUGCUGCAGUCUCUGGUGAGGAGUUCUCGAUCUCUGUGGAGCUGUCUGCUGUUUGCUCUGGCUUCUGGUCUCUAAACGGCCGCCUCCUGCGCAGUGGAGCCGACUACCUCAUCACCAGGUCCAAGAACACACACACUCUGCUCAUCCGUGUCGUCACCAUGGAAAUGAACGGAAAUGAGAUCAAGUUUGUGGGUGGAGGCUCGCAAAGCAGUUGCAUCCUGUCCGUGAAGGUUCCUCCUGUUAGGUUCACCAACAAGUCAGACGUAUCGGAGGUGGUGACCUGCAGUGCCCAAGCCACUACUCAGUUGACUGCUGAGGUGUCAGAUUACGAUGCACAGGUGGUUUGGAUGAGGAAUGGACGGGAGUUGAAAACUGGAAAGAAGUAUGAAUAUAUGUUCACUGACCGCAAGAGGAUCCUUAUGAUACACAACGUCACAGAGGAAGACGUGGGCAUCUACGAGUGUGUUUUAGCUGAUGACAGAAUGUCCAUCCAACUCAGUCUUAAAGAUGAACCUGCCAAGUUUUUGAACAAAACCAGAGGUCCCAUGGGAUUGGCAUCGUCCCUUAAAGGAGAUCUUGAGCUGAGCUGCGAGGUAUCUCCCGCCAGUGCGGUCGUUGUGUGGAAAAAAGAUCAAGUGAAGAUCAUUGAGGACCAAAGAACUACCUUCAUCUCCAAAGGGACUCAAAGGAAACUCAUCAUCAGGAAUGCCAAGAAAAGUGACGAAGGACAUUACUCAUGUGAGACAGAAACAGACAAAGUCACAUUCCAGGUCAAGAUUAAAGAAACUCAAGCUGUAGCUGUGUUCUCCAACAAGGAGUCAGUCCAGAAGGAGGUGAAAGCUACUCUCUCCCAGAAAGCCACUCUUAGUUGCAAUGUUUCAGACAGCAAGACAGAGGUGAAAUGGUAUAAAGACGGCAAGGUGUUGAUAUCCAGCAGGACGAUAUACUCAGAAGUAAAAGGCAACACUCGUCAGCUGGUGAUUGAAAAGGUGGAGAAGGGCGAUGCUGGAGAGUAUACAUGUGAAGCCGGAGGGGAGAAGCUGGCCUUCAGGUUAUUUGUGUCAGAUUUUCAGUCAGCGUUCUUCAACAAGGAGUCAGUCCAGAAGGAGGUGAAAGCCACUCUGUCUCAGAAAGCCUCCCUGAGCUGUGACGUAGCUGAUACCAAGACAGAAGUGAAAUGGUACAAGGAUGGCAAGCUGCUGACUCCCAGCAAGACAAUACACACAGAGUCGAAGGGUAAAAGUCGCCAGCUGGUGAUCGACAGUGUGGAGAGGAAGGAUGCUGGAGAAUACACGUGUGAAGCCGGGACUGAGAAGCUGGUCUUUAAAAUGCAGGUGGAAGGUGCUACUACAGAAGUCCAAGCUAAAUCUGCUUUCUGCAACAAAGAGUCUGUCCAGAGGGAAGUGAAAGCCACUCUCUCCCAGAAGGCCACUCUGAGCUGCGAGGUAGUCGAUAACAAGACAGAAGUGAAAUGGUACAAGGACGGCAAACUGCUGAGUGCCAGCAGAGCAGUUCACAUGGAGUCAAAGGGCAAGAUUCGCCAACUGGUGAUCGACAGUGUGGAGAAGAAAGAUGCAGGAGAAUACAUCUGCGAAGUUGGAACUGAAAAACUGGCAUAUAAAUUGCAAGUGACAGAGAUCCAACUCACGUCAGCCUUCUCCAACAAGGAGUCAGUCCAGAGGGAAGUGAGAGCCACUCUCUCUCAGAGAGCCACUCUGAGCUGUGAGGUAGCUGAUACUAAGACAGAGGUGAAAUGGUACAAGGAUGGCAAGCUGCUGACUUCCAGCAAGACAAUCCAUACUGAGACGAAGGGCAAGAGUCGCCAGCUGGUGAUCGACAGUGUGGAGAGGAAGGAUGCUGGAGAGUACAUCUGUGAAGCUGGGACUGAGAAGCUGGCUUUUAAGAUACAUGUGGCAGAAGCCCAAGCUGGCUUCUCCAACAAGGAGUCUGUCCAGAGGGAGUUGAGAGCUACUCUCUCUCAGAAAGCCACUCUUAGCUGUGAGGUUUCUGAUUCCAAGACAGAGGUGAAAUGGUACAAGGAUGGCAAGCUGCUGACUUCCAGCAAAGCAGUCCACAUGGAGACAAAGGGCAAGGGUCGUGAGCUGGUGAUAGAAAAAAUGGAGAAAAAAGAUGCUGGAGAGUACACGUGUGAGGCUGGAACAGAGAAGCUGGUCUUUAAGCUGCAGGUGACAGAUGCAGCUGUCAAGUUCCAGAAGAAGACUGUCAAGGACACAUGUGUUGUUCAAGCAAGUGAAAAAGUUGUUUUGACCACCGAGCUGACCUCAGAGAGCGGUAGUGUGAAGUGGUUUAGAGAUGGUGUGGAGCUCAGGGAGGGCAGCAAGUAUGAAAUGAAAAAAGAUGGCCUUUCUCGUACUCUGAUUGUGAAAUCCACCGAAUCCAAAGACAGUGGAACAUACACCUGUCAAACUGCUGACGACAAACUGGAGUUCAAAGUUCAAGUUAAAGAUUCAGCUUUGAAGUUUGUUGUCCCUUUGAAACCUGCUGCAGUGGAGUUGGGAGGUACACUUAGCCUGAUGUGUGAACUAAAUCAAGCCUCAGGGGAUGUUGUCUGGCAGCGUAAUAGUCGUGAGAUUAAACCUGGAGGCAGGCACUGUAUCAGGACAGAUGGUGCUAAGCGGGUUCUCACUGUGACUGGCAUGACUAAAGAAGAUGAAGGAGAAUACAGCUGUGAAUGUAGAAAUGACAAGACCUCUGCUAAAGUAUCAUCAAAAGCACCCAGACUGGUGAGGCUGACCUCCAAACUGAACAAUGUGGCUGCAAUGGAGGGAAAAGACGCCAUUUUCAAGUGCGCUGUCAACCCAGCGGACGUCAAUGUUAAUUGGUUCCACAACAGUGUACCUGUCACUGCUGGGCCCAAGUAUAAGAUUGAACGUGGUGGUGGCAGUCACUCGCUCACCAUCACCUCUGUCACCCAAAAAGAUGCUGGAGAGAUUAGCAUCGAUGCAGAAGGCAAAACCUGCCAAGCUACCCUACAAGUGCAGCAUGAACCUGUGACAUUUAAGAAGAAGCUAGAAAACCUGACAGUGGAGGAGCAGAGUGAAGUGAAGCUGGAGGUGGAGCUCAGUAAAUCAUCAGAUGAAGUGAAAUGGAUGAAGAACAGCGUAGUGCUGCAGCCCACAGGAAACAUGGAGAUCCGGGUAGACAAAGCUAAGCAGGCUCUGGUCUUCAAGAGUGUGACAUACGCUGACCGGGGCGUCUACUCCUGUGAAACUCUGGAUGACAAAACCCAGGCCAAGCUCAAUGUGGAGAUGAAGAAGAUCCAGGUAAUAAAGGGCCUAACAGAAACCAAGGCACAUGAGACAGAGACAGUAACUCUUGAGGUAGAACUCAGUCAGGCUGACGUUGAAGGCUUCUGGACCAGGGAUGGGAUCAAGUUGAAAUCAGGGGUAUACUGCCGCAUCACAGCUCUGGGAAAAAAGCACGCCUUAACAUUGUCCAGUCUCAAGAGGGAGGAUGCAGGGACUAUUACCUUCCAAGCUGAAGGAGUACAUAAUUCUUGCAAACUGAUUGUCACAGAACCUCCUGCUAUGAUCUCCAAGCCCAUUAUGGAUAUGAGUGUUCCUGAGAAGGAGAAGGUAACUUUUGAAUGCGAAGUGUCCAGAACAAAUGCAGAUGUCAAAUGGUUCAAGGAUGAUGUGGAACUGAAACCAGGGAAGAACUUUGGCAUGCACUCCUUGGGCCGAAAGCGCAGUUUGGUCAUCAACAAAUGCACCCCUGAAGAUGCAGGCACAUACAUCUGCCGUACUCCUGAUGAUAACAGCGCCGCCAAGCUCACUGUUCAUGCCAGAGAUAUUAAGAUUGUGAAGACGCUGAAGGAUGUGGAAGUGAUGGAGAAGGAGAGUGCUUCAUUUGUCUGUGAAAUCUCACAUGAUGAAGUGGACUGCCAGUGGUUCAAAGGAGGUGUCAAAGUCAAAGUCAGUGACAACAUCAAGAUGAGACAAGAUGGCAGGACCUAUGUGCUGCUGUUUAGGUCUGUCACCCCAGAGGACAUGGGUGAGAUUAAAUUCACAGCCGACAAGGCUUCUUCAACUGCAAAACUUAAAGUGAAAGAACUGCCUGUCAAGUUUGUGAAGAGGCUCAGGGAUAAGAUAGCGAUGUAUAAGCAUCGUGGUCAUCUUGAAUGCCAAGUGUCACGCGCCAGCGCAAAGGUGAAGUGGUACAAGAGCAAGACGGAGAUCAAACACGGCAAGAAGUACGAGAUCAGAAGUGAAGACGUGUACAGAAAGGUCACCAUCAAUGAUGUGGACUCCGGGGACGAAGACACCUAUACCUGUGAUGCCAUUGAUGACAAGACAUCCUGUAAACUACUUGUGGAAGAGCAGUCCAUCAGCAUUGUACGGGAGCUUAGUUCGGUAGAAGUGACCGAACCCUUUGCAGCUGUUUUUGAAGUUGAAAUCAGUAUGGAACUGGUGAAACCUCCAAUAUGGACUCUGAAUGGAGUUGCUGUGCAGGAGAGUGUUGAUGUUGAAAUGGAGAAAGAGGGAACUCUGCACCGUCUCACUUUCAAAAAGACCAAAGCAUCAAUGACAGGACCUGUGCAGUUUACAGCUGGGAAGAGCAAAUCUUUAACCCAGCUCACAGUCAAAGAGCGUCCGCUUGAGAUUGCAGAGCCCAUGAAAGAUGUGAAAGCGAAGGAGAAAAGCUCUGCUAUACUCAGCUGCAAAUUUUCUGUUGCACCCAAAGAGGUUCAUUGGUUCAAAGGUCAGGUACCUCUAGCGGCGUCAGACAAGUAUAACAUGAAGCAAGAUGCUACAAGGGCUCAACUGACCAUUCACAAGCUGACUGAAGAAGACAGUGGAGAGUACCGCUGUCAGUCUGGACCUGCUGAGACCAAAGGCAAACUUACUAUUGAAGUGCGUGAAAUCAAGAUCACCAAGCACUUGGCAAACACAGAGGUUGAUGAAGACAGCGACGCACUGUUAACAUGUGAGAUUAACUAUCCAGAUGAAGAGGUACAGUGGCUUCUGAAUGACAAGGUGCUCUUCACAAAUGAGGUCAACACCAUCACCCAUGAUGGGAAGGUUCACACGCUCAAACUGAAGAACUUGGCUCCUCAGGAUGGGGGGACUAUCACUUUUCAAGUCCGCAAGGUGAAAGAGUCUGUGACACUUAAGGUUAAAGAGAAGCGUGCUGUGUUCCUCAAGUCCUUAGAUGAUGUCAUUGGAGAGGAGAAAGGCAUGAUAACUCUGGCGUGUGAGGCGUCCAAGCCCAGGGUUUCUCCCACAUGGAGAAAAGAAGGUAAAGUCUUGAAGGCUGGAUCAAAGUACGAGCUCCUUCACACGGGCAAGUCUUUGGGACUGAUCAUCAAAGAUGUCACCAAAGAAGAUGCUGGAGAGUACAGUUGUGAUCUUGGAACUGAGGUUUCUAAAGCAAAGGUCACUGUAAGAGAAAUUGGCAUUGGAAUUACCAAAUGGCUGAAGUCAGCUGAGGUGAACGAGGGAGAGACAUGUAGCUUUGAGUGCAUCUUAUCUCGCGAGAGCACAGAUGAGUGUUCCUGGACUCUCAACGGCCGCACUAUUACUGAUGGAGGCCGCUUCAAAAUCACCAGUAAAGGACGCAAGUACAUGCUGACCAUUAAGGAUGUCACUCCUGCUGACGCUGGAGAGGUGGUAUUCAACAUUAAAGACCUGAGCUCCAAAACAACAUUAACAGUUGAAGGAAAAGCUUCAUCUGUGUCAAAGGGACUGCAGAAUGUUAAAGCUGAUCGUGGGGAAGAUGCUGUUUUUAUCUGUGAGGUGACACAGGCUAGUUCCACUGUAAAGUGGGCCAAGGAGGGCAAAGCCAUCAAAAAGAGCCAGAAGUAUGGCAUCACCCAAGAGGGCAGGGUUAUGAAGUUGACAAUCCAUAAUGUCUCUGCUCAAGACUCUGGAGAGUACAGUUGUGAAGUUGUUGGAGGUGCAACCACUAAAGCCAAACUGGAAAUCAAGGAGCCAAUUCAUAAAUUCACCAAACCGCUAAAGGACAGCCAAGCAGUGGAGAAGAGCUCCGUGACCCUGCAGUGUGAGACUGUACAAACUCCAUCCACUGUGAUCUGGCUUAAAGGUCACACAGAGCUCAAGGCUGGAGGUCGAUAUGAGAUGUCCCAGAAGGAGGGGGUCUUAACUCUCACCAUCAAACACCUGGAGGAGAAAGACACCGAUAUCUACACUUGUGACGUGGGCACAGCCAAGGGCAUGGCAAAGGUGACAGUCAACGCCCUGCCUGCCACUUUUCAAGAGAUGCUCAAGAACCAGGAGAAAAAGGAGGGGGAGACUGCAACGCUUUGCUGCAAGUUAUCCAAACCUGUGGACGGUGUUCAGUGGAAGAAAGGCUCUGAAGUUCUUCAAGCUGGAAAGAAGUAUGAGAUGAAGCUAGAGGAGAUCCGAUGUGAGCUUCAGAUUAAGAAUCUAGAGGUUGAAGAUAAUGGAGAGUAUUCUUGCAUGUGUGGAGACCAGAAGACUUCUGCAACAGUGAAAGUCAAUGCAUUGCCGCCAACCUAUAUAAAGAAGCUGGAGAGCCAGGAGGCUGAGGAGGGAGCCAGUGUUACUCUGCACUGUGAGCUCUCCAAACCUGGAGUCCCAGUGGAGUGGAAGAAGGGAACACAGGUCCUGACGUCUGGAGAAAAGUACCAGAUGAAGCAGAAGGCCUCUGUGAAUGAACUACUGAUCAACAAAGUGGUGCCAGAAGACAGUGGAGACUACAGCUGUAUGUGUGGAGACCAGAAGACCACAGCCAGCAUCAAGAUCAAGGCCCAACCAGUGACCUUCAGACAGAAGCUGGAGAGCCAGGAGGCUGAGGAGGGAGCCAGUGUUACUCUGCACUGUGAGCUCUCUAAACCUGGAGUCCCAGUGGAGUGGAAGAAGGGAACACAGGUCCUGACGUCUGGAGAAAAGUACCAGAUGAAGCAGAAGGCCUCUGUGACUGAACUGGUGAUCAACAAAGUGGUGCCAGAAGACAGUGGAGACUACAGCUGUGUGUGUGGAGACCAGAAGACCACAGCCAGCCUCAAGAUCAAGGCUGUGACACUGCCAACUGCUGGACAGAUUGCUAAACAGCAGCUCCUCAAACAGGAGAUUCAGAGAGAUGCUGGAGAGCUCAAAGUGGGAGGUGAAGUUGAAAAGACUACUGCUGGAAUAGCUGCAACACAAGAUACACAGAGGCAGGGGACCAAAGAGUCACUGGAAGCAGUGAGGCCUCUCGAUACUCCAGCAGCUGUGACACUACCCUCUAGGGAUUCCAAAAAAGUGGUGGAAGUUGCAGCAGAGAAGUCAGCAGCUUCAGCAGUGAUCUCCAAAGUUGAACCUGAGAAGCAGGAAUUCAAAAAGAGAGUUGAAGAGAUUGAAAAGCCUGCUGUUUCUGAUGUCAUCCCAAAGCCAGAGCCUGCAAAGCUGGAUACUGAAGUGAAAGGACAAGUCCUUCAAGUCAAAGUCGUUCGAAACCUGGAGAGCCAGGAGGCUGAGGAGGGAGAUAGUGUCACUCUGCACUGUGAGCUUUCUAAACCUGGACUGCCCAUCGAGUGGAAGAAGGAAGCUCAAGUAUUGAGUUGUGGUGAAAAGUACCAAAUGAAACAAACAGGAUUCAGUUAUAAGCUACAGAUCUUUGAUUUGAGACCUGGAGACACGGGAAGCUACUCAUGCUGUUCAAAGGACACAAUAACUUCAGCAUCUCUUGUAGUAAAUGCUUCCCCAGUUAUUUUCACAAAAGCGCUGGAAAGCCAAACGGCUGAUGAGGGGGACAGUGUGACGCUGCACUGUGAGCUUUCUAAACCCGGUGUUCCUUUGGAGUGGAGGAAAGGAGAACUUGGUCUUUGUCCUUGUGCCAAGUAUGAUAUUAGACAAACAGGACACCUGGCUACAUUAAUAAUCCAUGAUUUAGACCCAGAGGAUGCUGGGUGUUACACAUGUGACACUGGUGACCGUCAAAGCACUGCACAACUAGCUGUGAAGGCCCAGCCUGUCCUUUUCAAAAUCCAGCUGCAAAACCUUGAACUACAGGAAGGAGACAGUGCUUGUCUCCGCUGUGAGACCACAAAGCCGGGAGCCAGUGUGGUCUGGAGGUGUGGUGACAGGGUGCUGGCGUCCAACAGCAAGUAUCACCUGAAACAGGAAGGAACUACAGUCGAGCUUGUCAUCUAUAAACUGCAGGGAGCCGACUCAGGAGAAUACUCCUGUGAUACAGGCAGCCAGAGGACUUCAGCUGUCCUCACUGUGCAGGAGGUCGAGGUCAACAUACUGAAAUUCUUGGAGAGCUGCGUUGUAUACGAGGGUGAAGAUGUCCGCUUUGAGUGUCGGGUUUCCCAUGAAGAGGCACCUCUGGCCCAGUGGAAACUCCAGGAUGUCCCUCUACAGAAUAACGAAAUGAACCUGAUCAAGUCUGAGGGCCGUGUCCACAGCCUCACUCUCAGAGGCGUCACCACAGCUGACUCAGGAACAGUUACGUUCUCAGUGGGUAACCACACUUCCACUGCUUCUCUGACAGUCAGAGCAGCCGCACCUGCACUAUUCAAGAAGGAGCUGGAAAGUCAAGAGGCCACCGAGGGAGAUAAGGCCACCCUGUCCUGUGAGACAUCCAACCCUGAUUGCAAGGUGACCUGGCUGAAGGGCUCAACUGUGCUCACCCAUGGGGAGAAGUACACUUUGGAGCAGAGAGCUACCACUCACAACCUGGUUAUACACAAGCUGAAUCUGAAGGAUAGCGGAGAAUAUACCUGUGAUACAGGGGACAAGAAAAGUACAGCUACCCUGACUGUGAAAGAGCGUGUGCGUGUCAUCCGAGAACUCUGCGAUACCACUGUGAUCACUGGGCAGGAUGCUGUCUUUGAGGUUGAGUUGUCACACUCAGGCGUGACGAACGGGGAAUGGUGGCUUGGAGACAACCUCCUCCAAAAUAAUGAUCUAAAUCAAAUGAGCAGCCAGGGCAGAGUGCACCGUUUGGUCCUGAAGAUGGUGACCACAGAUGAAUCAGGCGAUGUUGCCUUCGUGGUGGGAGAAGAGAAGAGUGUGGCCUGCCUUCUUGUGGAGGAGAAGCCCAAAGUGCUAAUACUAGAGAAGCCACACAACACUGUGGCAGUAGAGGGUGAAACUGUCACUCUGGCCUGCACCAUCUCUGACGCCAAGGGCACUGUCACCUGGAAGAGAAACAACGUGGCCAUCCACGCAGGUCUCAAAUAUGACCUGAGGAACAACGGAGCAUUCCACCAGCUUCAUAUCCACAACCUGCUGCCUGAGGACUCAGGGACGUACACCUGUGACACAGGAGAUGCACAGUGUGACGUCACCUUGACUGUGGAAGGUGCCCCAGUGUCCUUCCACAAAGAGCUAAAGAACCAGGAUACCGUAGAGGGUGAUGAUGUUACUCUGCGGUGUGAGCUGUCGAAGCCAGGUGUUCGUGUUGAGUGGAGGAAAGGAGGCAUGGUCCUCCAGCCUGGUUUGAAGUUUGAGAUGAGGCAGGAAGGGUGCAUUCAAGAGCUCUGUAUACGGAACCUGGAGCCUGACGACAGUGGCUACUACACCUGUGAUGCGGGAGACCAGCUCACCACAGCUUCUUUGGCAGUGCAAGGCAAACCCAUUGACAUUGUCCAGGGCCUGGAGAAUGUAGAAACCAUUGAUGGAGGUGAAGCGUUGUUUGAGUGUGCCCUCUCUCGUCCAGAGAGCAAAGAUUUCCGCUGGCUCCUUGAUGGGAAACCAGUUAAGGAAUCCCCUAAUGCUGAGAUUGUGACAUUUGAGAGCGGCCGUCGUCAUCUGCUCCUUUUGAAAGAGUUGCGAGUGACAGACAGUUGCACAGUGACCUUCAAAGCUGGCACAGCAUCAACAUCUGCCCAACUCUCUGUCAAAGGUUGGCAGCUGGACGUUGUGAAGGGUCUGGAGGACAAGGUGGCUGCAGUGGGAGAGAAGGUUGAGUUUUGUGUUGAGCUCACCGAGCAUGUCCCUGCAACAGAAGUAGCCUGGUAUGCUAAUGGAGUUGAGCUGAAGUCCAGUGACCUCUGGGCUACGAGGGUUGACGGCUGUGUGUAUCGUCUUGUCCUGAGACAGGCGCCUCUUUUGCCACAGCAGGAAAUUACAUUUGCUGCUAGAGAUGCUCUCUCUUUGGCCAAACUCACCAUCAUCACUGUACCUGAUCCUCCAGAGGACCCAGAGGUCCUCAGUAAGACUGAAAAGUCUGUCACCCUCUCUUGGUUCACUCCUCUACAUGACGGAGGGAGUCCCAUUCUUGGCUACAGGGUGGAGAUGCGGCUGGUAGACAGUGCCCUUUGGCUCCCAUGUCAUUCUGAACCUGUGUGCAACACAGAGUUUAUGGUUGGAAAUCUAAUCUUGGGGAGUGGAUACAGGUUUAGAGUGGCAGCCAUCAACAGAGCUGGGAUUGGAGAGCCUGUUGAGUUGCCCCAGACUGUGCAGCUUGAGGCACCAAGGCAGCCAUUGAUUUCCCCAGGUAAAGUGGCAAAACAGGUAGAGACUGAGGUGAUGGGGCAGCCCAGUCUGCCUCCAGAAGCUGCUGAAGAAGGUGACCUCCAUGAGCUGUGGGAGGAAUCAGCCAAGAAACGGCGCAUGAGUCGAGAACCCACUCUGGACUCCAUCACUGAACAGACUGAGGAGGACAGUAAAAGUGGUCAGAAGAAAUCAGAACAGAAAGAGCUGAAGGCCUCAGAGAAAGUGGAAAUAACAUCGGUAGAGAAGGAGCAGGCCAUCGUGUCCAAGAAGCAGACAGAGUCCAAAAUGUACACCAGCUCUGAGGAUGAGUCUGUUCCUGGGGGUCCAUCGCUUGUCACCUACCUCAAGAAGAGCAGCAAGACUGGUGUCACAGCGACCACUGAGGGAGAGGCUAUGACUACUGAGAGGUUCUUUGCACAUUUCCAGAUGGCAGAGCAGAGAACAGUGCAUCUAACAACCACCGUUCAGCAGACAGGUGAAACACAAGUGACGACAGAGGAGACCAGCAUCAUGGAGAUCAGUAAAGAGGAAGAGCCUGAGCUCAGAGAUGCUGCCAUUAAGAUUCAAGCUGCGUUCAAGGGCUACAAAGCCCGCAAGGACAUGCGCCCUGUCUUCAAAGAGGUCUUCAAAGACCAGACCAAGGAGCCCAGUGGCACCAUACAUCUAGAAUGUGUGGCAGAAGGUAAACCUGAUAAGGUGCGCUGGCUGAAGGAUGGAGAACCACUGACGGAUGGCAAGCACCACCACAUUGAUAUCUACAAUGAUGGUACUUGCUCACUGGUCAUCACUGCUAUCACUACAAAGGAUACAGGAGUUUACACUUGUGAGGUCACCAACAAGUUUGGAGUCAACUCUCACAGUGGUAAAGUCACAGUAGGAACAGCGAGAGAAUCUUCCGGGCGACGGCCACUGACCGUGGGCUACAGUGCAGACAGCGAGCCCGAUAGCUCCUCUGGAAGUGAGAUGGAUGAGUCACUGAGGCAGGCAAGCAGACGUCUACGGCGCCUUCUGCGCACACGCCUCCCACCAGAUGUUGAAGAAGAACCAUUUGUCAGCGCAGAUGAAGGAGACCUGCGUCCUCCAGAUCCUCACUCUUACCGUGAGGACGACACAUACAUCUACAUUCGCUUCAACUCACGGUCAGAGGCUGAGGUUGCCUCAACGAGGUUCCAGGAGAUGUUUACAAUCCAUGGAGUUCCUGUGGAGACCGCCAUCCUGGAGGCAGGGCCUCUCAAAGUGGAGCUCCGAAUUAGGAAGAUGGGCUACACGCAAGAUGGUACAGCGACCCCCACACAAGACAGACAGCCUCCUGCAUUUACGACUGGAGCCCCAGCUGCCCCAGUCUUCUUGACAGAGCUACAAAGUCAGGAUGUUCCAGAUGGUUAUCCAGUCAGCUUUGACUGUGUUGUGAUUGGCAAGCCCCCUCCCAUCGUUCGCUGGUAUAAGGACGGCAAACUGCUGGAGGAGAAUGACCAUUACAUGAUCAACGAAGAUCAGGAGGGCUGCCACCAACUCAUCAUUACCACUGUACUUCCAACUGACAUGGGUGUCUAUCGUUGCACAGCUGAAAACAGCAGCGGCAUCGCAGCCACAAAGGCCGAACUCAGGGUUGACAUGUCCUGCAGCUCGGAUUAUGACACUGCUGCUGAUGCCACUGAGACAUCUUCCUUUGUCAGUGCCAAGGGCUACAUGUCCAGGGAAACUGAGACAUUCGAGUCUGUAACUGAAGAUGAUCAGCUACCACAAGUUGUGGAAGAGCUUCAUGAUGUUCAUGUCAGUCCAGGUUCACCUAUUGCUAAGAUGCAGCUCAAAGUAAAGGGCUUCCCCAAACCCAGAGUGUACUGGUUUAAAGAUGGCCACCCUCUGCGACCUUCAGAAAGAAUUCUGUUGCUCGGAGAGAGAGAUGUUCAUGGUGUGGAGAUCCUGGAGGUGAAGAAAGAGGAUAUGGGGGAGUACUCUGCUUACAUCAGCAAUGCUGCUGGUUCUGCGUACUCCUCUGCCCGCCUGAUAGUUCUGAGUCCAGGGGAGAUUAUGCCACAAGAUAAAAGAGACCCCAAGGAGCCCCUGGUGCCACCCCGCUUCCUUGAAAGGUUCAGCAACAGGAAGGUGAAACAAGGAGCCAGCAUCACUCUGUCUGUCAAAGUAGAAGGCUCUCCCACUCCUAUGGUGUCCUGGCUAAAGGAAGAAUCAAUGGAAGAUGUCCUGUGGAUCAAGCCUGAUACCAAGGGAUACAAAAUAGCAAGCUCGGGGCGCCAGCAUAGCCUCAUCUUGAUGGACGUGGGCACAGAAUACACCGGGGCUUAUACCUGCAUUGCCACAAAUAAAGCAGGACAGUCCAUCUGCACUGCCCACCUCGAGGUUGAUGAGACACCACAACCAAAGAAAGAGACCAAAACCUCAGAGGUUCUUGGAAUUACAGUUAGUCCUCCAGAAGAGGAGGCUGGCAAAGGAAAAGAGGGUAAAAUACCCUACCUAGGUGAAGUAGGUACAGAGGAAUUCCUCAUGAAACUCACCUCCCAGAUCACUGAAAUGGUGUCAGCGAAGAUUACCCAAGACAGCUUACAGAAUCAUGAAGUGCUCCAGUGGAUGAAAUCUUGGCCCAAAACUACCACUUCAUUACGCGUACCAGGUGUCGACAGUGAUGAUGAGACCAAGACCCCUUCUCCAUCACCGCAUCACGGUCGCUCUCGUCCUCCCUCCCUCAUCGCUGACUCCUCCUCUGAGUCUGAUGAGGGGGAUGCCAGGGGAGAGAUGUUUGACAUUUAUGUGGCAACAGCUGACUACAACCCCAUGACAGCAAGCAAAGAAUCAAUUUCUCUAAAGGAGGGACAGUAUGUUGAGGUCUUGGACUCAGCUCAUCCGCUCAAAUGGUUAGUCCGGACCAAACCCACCAAAACCACACCAUCCCGCCAAGGCUGGGUGUCACCUGCCUACCUGGACAAGAAACUUAAACUCUCUGCUGAUACAAGUGACCUUCCAGAGACAAGUGUAGAGGAGCUGUCCGAGGGUGAAUACAAGAGGAAAUUAUUCCAACUGAUCCAAGACCUGAUAAAUGGCGAAGCAGAGUUUGUAAAGGAGGUAGACUUCUUUACAACCCAUCACCUGAAGCAUGCAGAGAGCCCUGAUGCACCGCCUGAUGUCAGCAGCCAGAAGGAAGCCAUAUUCAGGAACAUUGAUGAUAUCAAGACCUUCCAUAGCAAGUCAUUCCUGCCAAAGUUGAACGACUGUGAAACGGAUGAUGAUGUAGCCAUGUGCUUCCUGAAGAACAAGGAGGGCUUUGAGAAGUACCUGCAGUAUCUCGUUGGUCAGGGUCUAGCUGAAUCUGCUAUCAGUGACAAGGCUGUUCACCGCUUCUUCAAGGAGUACACUGAGAAAGUGCAAGCCAGCGCAGACCCCUCAGAUCCCCCCGUACGCAGCAUAAACGCCAGCCUCCAACAACCACUGGACAGGAUUCAGAAGUACAAGGCCGUGCUGAAGGAGCUGAUUCGAAACAAGGCAAGAAAUGGUCAGAACUGCUGCCUAUUGGAAGAAGCUUACGCCAUGGUGUCUGCACUCCCUCAGCGCUCUGAGAAUAGUCACCAUGUCUCCAUGAUCGAGAACUAUCCUGCCACACUGGAAGUAUUAGGAGAGCCAAUCAGACAGGGACCCUUCCAAGUGUGGGAAGGGGCUCCAGGGAUUAGGACGUCCUCUAGAGGUCACCACCGCCACUGCUUCCUCUUCAAGAACUACUGUAUAAUCUGCAAACCCAAGAGAGACAGCAACACUGAUACACAAUCAUACGUCUUUAAGAACAUGAUGAAGUUGAAUAACAUUGAUGUGAAUGAGACAGUGGAGGGUGAUGACCGUGCCUUUGAGAUCUGGCACGAACGCGAGGACUCUGUGAGGAAGUACACCUUGCAGGCCCGAACUGUAACCAUCAAGAACUCCUGGCUGAGAGAUUUCAGAGAGCUUCAGCAGCGAUACAGCAUGCCUGCAUGGAGUCCUCCUGACUUUGAUGAAAUUCUGGCAAACUGCACAGCAGAGCUGGGACAGACUGUUAAACUGGCCUGCAAAGCCACUGGAGUACCAAAACCUACCAUCACCUGGUACAAGGAUGGACGCACUGUGGAGGCAGAUCCUCAUCACAUCAUCAUAGAGGACCCUGAUGGUUCCUGCACACUGAUCCUGGAUAACAUGACUGCAGAUGACUCUGGCCAGUACAUGUGCUUUGCCACAAGCUCAGCUGGUAAUGCCAGCACUCUGGGCAAGAUCACUGUUCAGGUGCCGCCUCGUUUUGUGAAUAAAAUGAGGAAUGCUAUAUUUGUCGCCGGCGAGGAUACUCAGUUCACCUGCGUCAUACAGAGCGCCCCCCACCCAAAGAUCAGGUGGUUCAAGGACGGCAGGCUGCUGACUGACCAGGAAAAGUAUCAGACCUACAGCGAGCUACGCAGUGGCGUUCUGGUCCUGGUAAUAAAGAACCUGACAGAGAGAGACCUGGGACACUACGAGUGCGAGUUGUCCAACCGUCUGGGCAGCGCCAAGUGUGCUGCUGAUUUGGUCCCACCCUCUGCUGUGGCUCGCUCUGGUGAGCAGGCCAUCACUAUUGAAGUUACUGAGCAGGAGACAAGAAUACCAAAGAAAACCAUCAUCAUCGAGGAGACUAUAACCACUGUGGUGAAGAACCCACGUAUGAGGAGGCACAGGUCCCCCGGCUUGACUCUCGCUGGAGCCCAACGCUCAGAGACUUCCACCCCAGAGCCCCCGACAGCCAGGCUGAGGAGAAUGCCCACUCCAAGAAAGACCGUCCCAACUCUCUAUGUUACCGAGCCUCAGGGUGCUGAAGCCAGAGUCGUGGAGACCAAGCCCAGGUGGGUGGAGGUAGAGGAGGUCAUCGAGUAUAAGGUCAAUAAAUCUCCCAGGCUGCCCAGGAGGAGAGGCAUCUCACCUGCAGGGUCUGAUCGCGCAGCCACUCCCUCCAGACCCAAAAGGUCUCCACCGGAGAAUCCAAACGCUAACAAUUCCAACAACAAGCUGGUGGAGCAGGCUCAGGCCCAGCUGCAGGGAGACGUCAGCAGCCAGCCGCUCUCCUGGGAGGAAGAGGAGGGUAAUGUUACCUCUGAUUCUGUCGCUGGGGUCGCUGAAGAGCCACAGGAGCUCUCAUCUGUCCUCGCUCCAGCUGGAGAGGACAGCGAGGACCUGGAUGAUGAGCAAACUAUCAUCUUUGAACCUGAUGAUGAAGAUGAUGAUCAUACCUCGCUCGGAAAGCAGGAGCCUAAGAUUCUGACACAAGGAGGCCGUGUUCUGACCCUUGAAGACUUGGAGGAUUACGUCCCUGAGGAAGGAGAGACCUACGGCUCCUCCAGCGCUCACAACUCCGCUGCAGAAAAGCCCUGUGAAAUCUCUGUGCUCCAGAGGGAGAUCGGCGGCUCUACAGUGGGACAGCCGGUGCUCCUCAACGUGGGGCGGCCCGUUGUGGUCCCAAGGCAGAGGAGUGGCUUCUUCGGCCGCUUCAGGGAGCAUCUCUCCAGCAGCCUGUUCUCAUCUGCUGCCCCCCAAGCCAGCGGAGGCCGGUCCAGGACGGAAAGGCACGUCCCCAUCCAAGUGAGCCACGCAAAGCUGGAAGUGAAGCCGUCAUACUGCUCUGAGGUGCAGAGAGUCGAGGGCGGGCAGCAGAGCUUUAAAACCAAAGUGUCAACUCAGACCUACGGCUACACCUCAGUGGGCAACCCAGUCACUCUUCAGAUUAGUGAUUAUCAGAACCAGUAGUAGCAAAGAGUUUUAAUUUGGUACCACUAACCCUCUCAGUCUUAAAUGGGGACAUUUUUACUUGCAUGAUAGAUAAGACAUAUCCUGACCUGAAGUUACUGCAUUUAACAAACCAUUCCAUUGUGAAGCUGCCCGUCAGGAAACAGGCUCAUCCUCUGAGUCUUUUUCUUGACAAAUGGUUAGAGUCAGAUGGUCUGUCCAGACGAGACGAGUUGGAAAAUGUAGCUAUGAAUAUGUCACUGUGAGCAUGUUUCAGCCUCAAACUGCUCCGUUACACCUGUUGUGUGUUGUGCAAGACACACAGCGGACAGAAACCAAGAAAUUUGACAUUUUACGAAACAGUUUCAUCACGUUUCACUUACACACACCUUCACGUAAUCAUGAACCUUUGAGCUAACUGAUCCAGGCAUUAUCCUUAGCAAUGACUCCUGCUAUAUACGCAAACAAAUAGUUAUACAGUAUAUUUAGGUAUAUAUAUUUUUUCAGUUUUACUUUUGUACCUUUCAAAGAAUGUUGCCUUUUGCUCUUUUGCAGUGCCUUAGAUUCCUGGAGCAACACAUGCUGGAGUUAAUGACUAUUAGUGAGGUCAUGUCUACAUGUUUCUAGUUCAGUAUAUAAGUUAAUUUAAAUAUGCAACACUGAUGAUGUAAAAAUGAACAACAGAACUUUGGUGACUGUUGUAGUCCAUGGGCUGUUGUUUAAUUAACGAUGUGUGGUCAAAUUGUAGUCAGUUUGGCAAAAUCACACAUAAGGUCUCUACUACUACUUUUGUUUGUGAAUGAUUUGUUGACGAGCAUCUUACACAAAUAUGGCUUUUCUACAAGCUGAUCAUUUGCAAGGUGAACGUGUUUCACAUCAGAUGUCUGUGUUUGACUGCAUUUAUGUCAUUUAUUAUCGUGAAACAUGUUUCUACUAUGAAUUGAAUAAUACACGCAGCUUUUUAGACAUUUUUGUGUCUGUUAAUGCAGUACAAUCACCUGUCAUUUUGCAGGAUAUCACAGGGACAGUCAUAUGUAAGUGAUAGAUAUUUAGAGUGAGUGACUGCAUGUAUUUGCUUUUCCAAAGCCGAUGUGUUUACCCAGAGUAUCCAGAUCUGUAAUGUUGUAUUUGAUUGCAAGGAAAUGUUUGUGCAAAGUACUUGAGCUCCCAGAAUGUACUACCUUCUCAGUUUAAAAAGUCACUAGAAUACAAUAACUGCCUCCUUAAAGAUUUGUGGUGUUUGUGUUGUUUUUAAAGGUCUUUUAGUCAGUUACAAGGAUCAUGUUAUGUAUUAAUAUUAAAGCACUAACAGAUUAUAAUUGCUUGUACUGUACAUGUGUCGUUUUUGGAAACUUGUUUGAGUACUCAGUGUUAAUAAAUACAUG